AACGCAUCUGCAGCGAUUACGUCAAAACGGGAUGAUCAGUCAGUCGUCUUAUUCAUCACAGUUAAGCGCCUUUAAAUUAAAAGAAAAGAAAUUUCUGGAUUCCCGACUUUUUCCUAAAAACCAGUAGAAACGUUGUGCCAAUCACGACAGGAGUGUCUUAGCCGUUCUGUGAUACCAGAUUCGGGGAAAAGUAGUAUGUAUUUUAAUUUUUUUGAGGGACCCUACCUCGAUCGUUCCUUGAUAAUUUUAUUGGGAUUUUAUCGCUCUGUCUGAUGGACUCAUUGUGAUGCUGUGAUUAUCCGCUACCUCCGGAAAAUUUAUCGCCGUGAUAUGUGUAUGUUUUGACUGUGAUAUUUUCGAUGGAGCGAACGACGGUGUUGGCGUGGGGUAACAAUCAGGAGGGCCAGCUGGGACUGGGCGCCUCCACCGAGGUGGACGACAAUGGGCCGCGCGUGCUGGACUGCUUCCAGCGGCAGAAUCUACAGGUCAGCCAGAUCGCCUGCGGCCAGAAGCACACGCUGUUCGUGCUGGUGGACGGCAGUGUGUGGUCGUGCGGGACGAACGAGCACGGCCAGCUGGGACGCGAGUACAACGGGGGAACGCUCAAGAAACCUGGUCAGAUUGAGAAUCUGAAGCAUCACAACAUUGUACAGGCAGCGGCGGGCGUGGGCCAUUCGUUGGCCCUGAGCGACGGCGGCCAGAUCUUCAGCUGGGGCUGGAACGCUUCCGGUCAGUGUGGCCGCGACAGUGAUCCCGACGCACUACGCACUCCCAAAUUGAUACGGUAUCUGGCCCAUGAAUACAUCGUGCAAAUUUGCUGCGGAGACGAAUUUUCCAUGGCACUGGAUGAUGCGGGAAAUAUCUACGUUUGGGGGAAGAAUGUCUUUGGUCAACUAGGCAUUGGACAUAAGGACAGCGUAACAACACCACAGACCAUGAAAUCCCUGGUCGGUCUGCCGAUACAGCAGAUCUCCGCCGGUGCCUCCCAUGCCGUCGUCCUAUCGAAAUCCGGCUCGGCAUACUCCACGGGGAAAAACGAUUUUGGACAGCUGGGCAUCGGCGAUCAGCAUGAUCGGAACAAUUAUUCGCAAAUUAAGUCAUUCAAGAAUCAGCGCGUCUGCUAUCUGGCUUGCGGUGAAGAGCAUUCUGUGGCGCUGACAGCCGAUGGAGGUGUGUUUACCUUUGGCGCCGGCGGUCACGGGCAGUUGGGCCACGGACCCACGCACAGCGAGGUCAAUCCGCGCAAAGUCUUCGAGCUGAUGGGCAGUAACGUCACGCAGAUCUGCGUUGGCAGAUUCCACACGAUGACGUACGUGGCGGCCACCGGCAAGAUCUUCGUAUUCGGGAAAGGCGGUUCCGGCCAAUUAGGCAUGGGCACUGGCAGUCGCGUCAACCACCAGCACCCAGUCAUCUGCCACGGCGCCUUCGACCUGAUGCGCAAUUCGGGAUUAACGUUACAUGAACUCUUCGCCGGUGGCGACCAGUCCUUCGCCAGCGUCACCAUGGGCACCGCGCCCCUCCCGCCCGUCGACUUCCGCGAGGAGCGUCCGCCGCGCGGUCUAUUAGUCUUGACGGAGACGGUGGUGGAGCGGCUGGUGAAAGCGUUGAGCUUGUUAUCCGGCGAGGACGAGAUGCUGGAGGAGACGGAGCAGCGCGAGUUGGAGGUGAUGUGCGGCAGUGUGGCGGCCUGGAACGGGGCCUUCCUCGGUCCGGGGGAGGAGCACUACUUUUUAUCUAGUAAAAACUGCGGCGUGGCGAUGAGCGUGGCGGAGAGAGCGUUGGAGGAGCUGGCCGCCGCCAUGAAACCGAUUGUGCGCGACAGUAUUAUGGACAAGAUCCGCAGUAAAGUCCUGCCAAACUUGUCGACUAAUCCGGCCAACAUGGAGUGCCUGCGCGUGUUCCUUUUGCUGCCGCUCUUCCCCGUCUUCACGGCCUCCCUCAGCGUCGACCGUGUCCUGGAGUACAUCGUCCCCUUUGCCCAUGCCCUCGCCAGUCUCGGCGACAUACCCAAAGGCGUCGUGCGUUCCUGGAUGUCCAUUGUUCCGCUAGGAAUUUUCGAAAAAUACGUCCAGUUGUACAAAGACAGUGUAGUGGUGAUCUUGCUGAUGCCGAAAGUGGGCGAGUUGAUCCAGAAGGAGCGCUACUGGCGGGGCAUGCACAGUCUUCUCGACGCCUUGACGGUGCUGUACGAAGCCAAUAAUCGUCUGCGAGCCGUCAACGAGUUCGGCGCGCUGAUGUACGAGAAAUUCUACAUACCGGAGAUCACGGAUAAGGUCAACAUCAUGAUGGACUACAAGAACUGGUACCAUGCCGAUCAACGAACACGGUUAAUGACACUAUCGUUUUGUAAUUACGCCUUCACUUUUGAUCCGCAAGCCAAAACGAUGCUGCUGCAGGCUGAUUCCAUGCUGCAGAUGGAGGAAGCGGUGAACUCGAUGAACCAUUCGGAUUUCAUGAUGAACUUCAUCCGGGCGGCGGCGCAGGGCACCAGCGGCGCGGCCAUGCAUCCGCAACAGGUGGUCUUUCUCAAUCUGUACGUCUCCCGCAAUGAUUUGCUCAAGGACACGCUGGACCAGAUCUGGAGUUUCAAAGAACGAGGCGACCUGAAACGUCCGCUGAAGGUGUGGUUUACCGGUGAAGACGCGGAGGAUGCCGGCGGUGUUAAAAAGGAAUUUUUUAUGCUUCUGAUGCGCGAAUUGCUCGACCCGAAAUACGGCAUGUUCACCUACUACGAAGAGUCACGGAGUAUUUACUUCAACGGCAACAGUUUCGAGAGCAAAGAUCGCUUUUAUAUGGUCGGCAUUAUUUGCGGAUUGGCCAUUUAUAACGCGACGAUUGUGGAUGUGAAUUUCCCGCUGGUGCUGUAUAAGAAGCUACUGAAUAUUAAGCCUAUUCUGCAGGAUCUCGACGGCCUCAUGCCCACUGUGCGCCGUAUAUUGGAACAGCUGAACUGCAGACGAAGGCAACGGUGGGAAGAGAUCUUCGCGUUGAACUUCACCAUCUCUCAGGAAUCCUUCGGGGAGACGGCGAUCGUGCCGCUGAAGCCGAACGGGGAGGAUAUUGCCGUUACAAAGGACAACCGGCAGGAGUAUGUGGAUUUGUACGUGGAUUAUGUGCUGAACAAAGCCGUGGAGGGACAAUUCGCGGCGUUCUACGAAGGGUUUCAUCGCGUCUGCGGUGAGAUCCUCGAGUUGUUCCAUCCACAGGAGCUCAUGGCCAUGGUGUGCGGCAAUGAGAAUUACGACUGGAAAGAACUACAGGAGGCUGCCGUGUACAAAGGUGACUUCACCGCCGAACACCCGACCAUCAAGAUGUUCUGGCGCGUCUUCCAUUCGUUGGAGCUGGAGCAGAAGAAAAAGUUCCUCUUGUUCCUCACCGGCUGUGAUCGCAUACCCAUCUUGGGAAUGAAAGCCGUCCGCAUCAUCAUCCAGCCGGCGGGGGGCGGGGAGAAUUACCUGCCGGUAGCGCACACCUGCUUCAACAUCCUCGAUCUGCCCAAGUACACCAGUGAGCGGGCGUUGCGGGACAAACUGCUGCUGGCCAUGCAGCAGACGCAGGGAUUCGCCUUGGCUUAGACUGUUGAUCGGAAUGAGUGAUAAAAAAGCCGGAUUACUUUUCUAUGAUAAGAAAACUUUUACCUAGUUUUACAGAUUUCUGUUUCUUUGACCCGUUUGUUUGUACCGAUAGUUAUUUACCGGCCCACUUGGACAGGCUGAACCUUUUUUGAGGGUGCAAAUUUAUGUGUUCUUUCUUCGUGAUUCGGUGAUGUGGAAUUGUCCUAUCGUAAAGGGAUAUAAUAAAAGAAUUU